UAAAUUUAUACACGUAUCUUUUUAACUUUGUAAAUAUCUAAAAACAGCACUUUAAAAAUGAAACAUUGCUUUGGAAAUGGGAAAGGGAAUCAAUCUCACCCUCCUUGUCGAAGCAGUAAUCUUAAAAGCCACUUGAACAUCAACAUACAUAUACAUCAUCUUCCAUUCCGUUCACCCAACAACAACAUCAACUUACUUUCCUAUCUUUUUUUCACCUAAUUUCAUUUUAUCUCUAAAUCCCCCCUUUUCCCCUCUCUCCCUACAUUGAAUUUAUCGUCCUCGCAAUGCUCGCCGCUGAGUUGAGAAUCCCUACCGUCGCCGGACUUUUUACUCAUCUACCAGAAACCAGUCGCUGGACUGCCAGCUGGCACUGUUACUCCUCCCUUCCAAAACUCUCUUACCAUUUCUCUUAUAGAAAUAUGCAUUUUAGAAAGUCGAAAUUCAUGCUAAUCUGCUGCAAGUCAUCAAGCGGAAGGUUUAAUUGGAAAUCCAAUCACAGUGACGUACCCGAUGAUGAGGAUUAUGUUGAAGCUGUUGUCCUCCUUUCAGAAACUAUGAGGCACUACAAAAUGCUUAUGCGCGGAUUUCAAGAAGAAACAAGGUGGAACUCAUCUUCUCCCCUGGUUCCCUUUUCUUCUCACCCCAAGGAUCGUAUUGCUGAUGCAUCAUCUUUAGGGACUGGAUUUCUUCGCCGUUUCAAGAAUCCAACUAUUUUUCUUAAGAUUUCUUGUGAUGCGGAAUAUGUCUUACCAAUUAUUGUUGGAGAAUAUGCUGUCGAAAAACUUAUAGAUUCAUUGCAUGAGGAGGAGACACGGGAUUGCCCCGACCAGUUCCUGCUUGUGAGGAAUCUAUUGUUGAAAUGUGGCUAUGAAGUUAAAAUGGUGAAGAUUACGCAAAGAGUGACUAGUACCUAUUUUGCCAGAAUAUUUUUCCACAAGGCAGGGGAAAAAGAUAUUAUUAGUGUGGAUGCUCGUCCUUCAGAUGCCAUUAAUGUUGCCAGAAGAUGUAAGGCACCGAUAUUUGUGAAUAAGCAAAUAGUCUUGACUGAUGCAACAAUAAUAGGUUAUGGAAUGGACAGAUCUAGCAGAAUUAAGUGCACUUAUGACGUAUUACUAGAUAGUGCAUCAGAUGGCCCCGAUUUACUUUCUGAAGAACUUGGUGUGUUGAGAAAUAUGAACUUAGCAGUGAAUGAGGAGAGAUAUAAUGAUGCAGCUAUGUGGAAGGACAAAUUGAUGAGACUUCGUGAGAAGACAUGAACUCUAAAUCUUUUUCCAGAACUUAAAUGUAAAUAUUCCUUCUGGAUUGCGAUGAUGAAGGAUGGCAGCUAUGACACUCUGCUGUAUCUCAACUUUUCAGCACCAUACUAACUAAAGUUUCGAGGAAUCAAUAACUUACAGGGAAGUUUCAAUAUUAUUGUUGUGUAUAGGUUUCCCUUAUUGUGGAAAUCUUUGGUGAAAAGUAAAUUCCUUGCCUAUGUUGUGUCGGUUUGGCUUCUUAUACCGCAACAAUGCAACCACUAGGUAAAAAUGUAUAUAGUUGGCUUGUUGCUGAAGAAUGUAUCAACGAUGUGAGAAUAGCAAAAGACAAGAAUUUGGUUAACCGAAAUCAUCUCGUGUAACAGAUAUUGCACCCAACCCCAUACGUAGAUUGCUGUAUGUAAGUUAAAAGAAUGGGGCUGGAGUCUCUUUGCUCAAGUAUAUGUUGUAUAUUGGUUUAUCCUUAUUUACAAACUAAGAAUACCAGAAGGGGGUGUCUUGACAAGCAUCCCUCCCUUUUUCUUCA